UGUGAAAGUGAGAAAUUUAACAAGGUAACCGGGGAAACAGGACAGCCAGAGCAACGUCCAAUCCGAUGGAGCUUCAGCAGCCAUAACUUUGUUUGACGGAGGACCAGAGUUUUGUUGCACAAGCUUGUCAAGCUCAGGUUUGUUGAAGCUAUCAGCAGGGGUAAGCAGGUGAAAAAAAGAGCCGUACAACGUCCUGUCUCUGCAGUGGAGUGUAGAAAGUCUUUUGUGGACAGUACAAUGAGAGAAGAGGUGUCCUGCACCAACUCCCCUGAAGGAGGGCUGGGGGCCAGCGAAGAAGAGCUGGAGAGGGGAUCGAAGAAGACCCUUCAACCAGGAAACCGAAAACGUUCCCCUUACCCCAAGAAGGACAGCCUCGGUCAGGCAGAGGAGAGCAGCACCGGCAGCCCCAACAGCCAGCUGCCAUCUGGACCGAAGAGGUUGAAGAAGAGCCCUUCCACAGUCGUGUCAUUGGCCCCAACGUCGCUGGGCCCCAGGCCAGAGCAGCCCUUCGAGGACCUCCACUCUCAGCGCGUCAUAGCCAACGUGCGAGAGCGUCAACGCACUCAGUCUCUGAACGACGCCUUCGCCUCUCUACGCAAGAUCAUCCCCACGCUACCUUCAGACAAGCUGAGCAAGAUCCAGAUCCUGAAGCUAGCCUCGCGCUACAUCGACUUCCUCUACCAGGUGCUGCAGAGUGACGAGAUGGACGCCAAGCUGGCCAGCUGCAACUACCUGGCCCACGAAAGACUCAGCUACGCCUUCUCUGUCUGGAGGAUGGAGGGGGCCUGGGCCAUGUCUACUAGCCACUAGGACCCCCUCAAACUUUUCUCCUAAAUCCUCUCGUGUCCACAUCUCCACCCCACUGCCUCUGUCUGUGUUUACGCCAUUUCCUGACCUCUGAACCUCUGAAUUCAUGUCUUCUGGUCUGAUCUUUAUCUUUUCAUCUCAAACCUUUGCAUACAUUUCUCACUCUGCUCAGUCUCAGUGCUCCAUAAUGUUUCACUCCAUUAACAUCCACUAAUAUCCAUAGUUGGAUUAUGUGCAACUAAAACCUCUUGCAGUUCACUCUGUUUCCCUCCAUUGUUUCCACUUCCCCUGUCGGUCCCACAGUUUAGUCCAGUGCAACAAGACGCUCCACUGCAGCCCCUCAGAAAACCCACAAAUGGAAAAUUCUCGACACUCAAAGUAGAAAUUUGUUCCUGCCUCACCAGCCAUCCCCGCUUUUUUU